AUGAAAUACGCCAAAAUAUCAAAUUAAGUCAGAUAGGCUUUCAUAAAAAGAAUAUCUGAAAAGAAAUGUACAAUAAGACAAGCGGCAAAGCAAUUUGGAAUCAAAUUUUCCACCGCAAAAGCAAUUUUAUCGAUUUAUAGACAUGAGGGCAGGAUAGGGAAAAAGCAAAGAAGACAAAGAAAACUUUCAAACAAUAAUAUUUCUGAAAAGGAAACAUAAAAAUCUCUCAAAGAAGAACCCGCAGAGACCAAAGAGGAGUUUAAAAUGGAUCAACCUCCCCAGACUACUGUUAACGACGGGCUAACAAUACAACACAUACCGUAAUAUAAUUAUGACUGGACUUACUUGCAACAUUUUUGGAUGGUGACGUACAUGAAUCAACAAAUACAAUACCAAAAUUUUUAAAGAUUUAUGGGAUAUUGA